CUUCAUACAGAAAUUACACUACUUUUUUUUCCAAUCGUCAAUAACCGUCGCAGGCGGCGCUAGAAGAACACGAUCGGAGCUUGAUUCGAUCUCCGAUGGCCGGACAAUCUCGAAAAUGGAUGAUUCUAGUUGCUACUAUAUGGAUACAAGCUUUCACCGGAACAAAUUUCGAUUUCUCUGCUUAUUCAUCGAAGAUGAAAUCUGUUCUCGGAAUCUCUCAGGUUCAGUUAAACUAUCUCGCUGUUGCUUCUGAUCUUGGCAAGGCUUUCGGAUGGUCAUCUGGUUUAGCUUCUAUUUCGUUUCCACUUUGGAUUGUUAUGUUUAUCGCUGCAUUUAUGGGAUUGUUUGGUUAUGGCAUUCAAUGGCUUGUUAUCAGGAACGUGAUUACUUUGCCUUACUUUGUGGUAUUUAUGUUAUGCUUGUUGGCUGGUUGUAGCAUUUGUUGGUUCAACACAGUUUGUUUUAUUCUCUGCAACAGGAACUUCCCAUCCAAUAGGCCACUUGCAAUCUCCUUGACAGUGAGUUUCAACGGUGUAAGUGCAGCCUUAUAUGCACUAGCUGCAAAUGCCAUAAACCCAUCAUCAAAUUCACUUUACCUUUUCCUCAAUGCCAUAGUUCCUCUUAUCACUUCCAUUGCAGCUCUAGUCCCCAUUCUAAGACAACCCACUUUAAGUCCACUUUCACAAGACCACAACCGUCGUGAUUCAUUCAUAUUCCUUAUAUUAAACAUCUUAGCAGUCAUUACUGGCCUUUACCUCCUAUUCUUGACCUCUUCUAACGCAUCCACAGCUAGACUCCUCUUUGGUGGCGCACUCUUGCUUUUGAUUCUCCCGUUGGGGAUCCCGGGCAUGGCAUAUGCCCGGGAAUGGUUUCAUCGCUCGGUGUACUCGAGCUUUCAGCUCGAGGGGUCUGGGUUUUUAUUGGUGGAUGUUGAUGAUCUUGAACUUCAUAGGGAGAUUAUCACUAGAGAGACUAGUAGUAUGGCUAAUUUACUUCAGGUUCCACUUUUGAAUGGAGAUGAGCCCGGGAAUGGGUCGAUGAUUGUUGGGAAAAACGAAGAAGGGUGUUGCCAAUCGGUGAUGUGGAAGGAUAAGUUGGUGAUGCUUGGUGAAGAACAUAAGGCUAAGAUGUUGGUUAAAAGAUUGGACUUUUGGUUGUAUUAUAUUGCAUAUUUCUUUGGAGGAACGAUUGGAUUGGUGUAUAGUAAUAACUUAGGCCAAAUCGCGCAAUCUCUUGGACAAGGGUCGAAGACCUCAACACUCAUUACUCUCUAUUCCUCGUUCUCGUUCUUCGGUCGUUUGCUUUCCGCCGCCCCUGAUUAUUUGAGAGUGAAAUUUUACUUCGCAAGAACAGGUUGGCUUGCGAUUGCGCUAGUGCCAACUCCAAUUGCCUUCUUCCUACUAGCUUCCUCAGGAAGUGCAGCUUCACUCCACAUCUCCACAGCACUAAUAGGAAUGAGUUCCGGUUUCAUAUUCGCAGCUGCAGUCUCCGUCACAUCCGAGCUAUUCGGUCCCAAUAGUGUAGGCGUGAACCACAACAUCUUGAUAACAAACAUCCCCCUCGGUUCAAUGAUCUACGGGUUCUUAGCAGCCCUCGUUUACGAUGCGAACGCUGGAUCCGGUUCAGGGUUCAGGCUCACCAUGACCCGAAUAGUGAUGGGCGGGGAUUCGGUUGUGUGCAUGGGUCGUAGCUGCUAUUUCUUGACGUUUAUUUGGUGGGGAUGCAUUUCGAUUCUCGGGUUUGGGUCGAGUGUGAUGCUGUUUUUAAGGACUAGACCGGCUUAUGAACGGUUCGAAAGGGAUAGGAAAGCAACUCAAUUUGAUGAUGAUUAUGAUGAUGAUGAUUAAAAAUGUGUGUUGGAGAUAUAGGUUAUGUAAUUAGGUGCGUAAUGGGGUCCUGGGGAUUCAUUACGGUUUGUGAUUGAGGAAAUUUAAUCAAUUAAAUAGAGAAGAAAUCCUAUAUGGGUUUUUUCACUACUUUAUUGUCUA